CUUACGGUGGCGGAAUAUCCGAUGCUCUUCGAUGCAACAUCACCCUCCGGAGUACCCAUGUAAACAUUGUAUAACAAAUCAUGGCUGCCGUGUUCGUGAGGGCUUUGUCGAAGUCUUGCAGACAGCUCACUCGGCCGUGGGUUGGAUGCCAGCCAGGAUGGAGGAGCAGGUCCACCAAGUCUGCCCUAGAUGUGAACUCCAUCCAAGCGGCCGGGGUGUUGAAUUUCCCUCCCUUGCAGUCAUAUUCAGAGGAGGAGAGCAUGAUGAGGGAAUCAGUGAAAAGGUAUGCACAAGAACAUAUCGCUCCCCUUGUGGCGAAGAUGGAUGAGCACUCUUUUAUGGAUGAAGCAGUGAUCAAAUCUCUCUUUGAACAGGGGCUUAUGGGCAUUGAGAUUGACGCGGAAUACGGCGGUACCGGCUCGACGUUCUUCUCCUCCAUCCUGGUCAUCGAGGAGCUGGCGAAGGUGGACCCCUCUGUGGCCGUGCUGUGCGACAUCCAGAAUACUCUGAUCAACACGCUCUUGAUGCAGCUGGGAACGGCCGCUCAGAAGGAGCAGUACCUCAGCAGGCUGUGCACGGACAUGAUUGGCAGCUUCUGUCUGUCCGAGGCCGAGUCGGGCAGUGACGCCUUUGCGCUGAAGACACGUGCGGAAAAACACAAGGAUUACUACGUCAUCAACGGAUCCAAGAUGUGGAUCAGCAAUGCGGAGAAUGCCGGUGUGUUCCUGGUGAUGGCCAACGUUGACCCCUCGGCUGGUUACAGAGGCAUCACGUGCUUCAUUGUCGACCGGGAAACGGAAGGCCUGGCCAUCGGCAAGAAGGAAAACAAGCUCGGACUGCGCGCGUCCUCCACCUGCCCGCUCAACUUUGACAACGUCAAGGUGCCCGAGAAGAACAUCUUGGGCCAAGCUGGUCACGGGUACAAGUACGCUAUCGGAAUGCUGAAUGAAGGCAGGAUAGGAAUUGCGGCGCAGAUGCUGGGGCUUGCGCUAGGCUGCUUUGACCACACAGUUCCUUACACAAGACAGAGAGUGCAGUUUGGAAAACGUAUCUUUGACUUCCAGGGGAUGCAGCACCAAAUCGCCCACGUGGCAACGCAGAUCGAAGCCGCGCGCCUGCUGACAUACAACGCCGCUCGUCUGAAGGAAGCCGGCAGACCCUUCAUCAAGGAGGCCUGCAUGGCCAAAUACUUUGCUGCAGAGGUGGCAACGCUGACCACGUCUAAAUGCAUCGAAUGGAUGGGAGGGGUGGGCUUCACCAAAGACUACCCCAUUGAGAAAUACUACCGGGACUGUAAAAUUGGUACCAUCUACGAGGGCACGACAAACAUCCAGUUGUCCACGAUGGCCAAAUUCAUCGAUAAGGAGUAUGACGUUUAAUAUCAUACCGAAGUGGAGCCGGACAGAUUGCACUCAAGAGACCGCCAUGUUACACUCCCGAUAUCAAUUCUUGCGUCUGUCGCAUGACCUUGCCACAAAGGACUGUCCAGUCGCACCGCAACUGACUGUUACUUUGUCACUUGUAAUGUCCCUUUUAUGCAGUGCUGUUUUGUCACUUUGUACGGAUUUUGCAAUUAUGAUCACCCGGAAAUGUCCGGUAUCUCCCCAGCUAGUUGAGUGUCUUCCUUUGAGUGUUUCAGUGCCUUUGUCCCGCGCCCCAAGCUCAGUCACGUAAGUAGCGGUUAAUUUGCAGUUUCUUUCAGAGAUUGGAAUUCAAGCAAUAUAUAUGGAUCGAGCACGCAUGACACCUUAUUCUGUUCCAACAAGUCGGGGAGCUGUUACAAAAGGCUAAAUUGUUCAGUGAUGUCAGUGUGAGUUUAAAUGGACCAGUAAGGAGCCAAAGCAGCAGGAUGGAAUUGCAAGGAGCAGCCAGAUUUACCAUUGCGUGGGGUCCGAUGGGAACCGAUUUAUUAAAGUGUUCAUUGGUUUCAAGCAAA